CCCGCGUCGCUCAUUCCCCUCGACGCGCCCAUCCAACCGCGCACCUACCUCACACCGUCUGUCACCUCGCGCAAGGACGUCCCAUUGACGUUCGCGAAGAAGCGCGCGCGCUUCGACAGCGUAGAGGUGGAGGAGGAGGGAGACCUUGAGCUCGAUGCGCAAGAUUUGAGCGCCAUCGAGGCGAAGCGUCGGCAGAACACGCUUGCGGCGCGGCGAAGCCGAAGGCGCAAGGCUGAGUACCAACAGGCGCUCGAGCGUUCUGUCGAACACUGGAAGGGGCGAGCGUUGCUUUACGAGAGCAUGCUCGAACAGCGCGGCGUC